CAUAUCGUUACAUUGGUGGGGUGAAGAAAGAGACAAAUGCAUGAAGCAGCAAUUGAGUGAUAGGGAAUGGAAAGCGAGAUUUGCAACGGUAUGUCCGUGAAAGUGGACUGCGAGUGUAUCGUCUAAAAAUAGAUAGGUAGACGGAAAGAGUAUGAUCAUGAGUGCCAUGUCUCUGUCGGUUGGGUGUCAAUCGUCCAAGAACAAUGUCUAAGCAAGUUUGAUGUGCAAUUAAGGAGGAAGAAGGACAUGGAGGUGCUCAAAACCACUCAAGAAAUUGUGCACGAAGGAUGGCUGAUCAAAUCACCGCCCACAAAACUCUGGCGAGCGAGAUGGAGAAAACGAUGGUUUGCUCUGCGUCACAGUGGGGAGUUGCCUGGACAGUACUUUCUUGAAUAUUAUACGGAUAGGCGUUGCCGGAAACUAAAGGGUCGCAUAGAUCUCGAUCAGUGUGAGCAAGUGGAUGCAGGUUUGAGAUUUGAGAAUAGGAAACAAAAAUAUCAAUAUAUGUUUAAUGUUAAAACGCCCAAGAGAACGUACUAUUUAGUCGCUGAAAGUGAGAUGGAUAUGAAUAAAUGGGUUGAUGCUGUUUGUCAAGUUUGUGGGCUAAAAGCGUACACCCAAGAUGAAGAACAACCAUGUCAGAUGUUUCAGUUUGAAUCGCAAGAGUCUCCACCUAUUUCACCUACUAGUACGAUAUCUGGACCUUAUAUUCCUAUCAGUGAAUGUAUUUCUGGUCGCCGACUGAACGAUACUAGUUCUCUCAGUUCUGCCUUUGGGCAAGGCCCUGAACAUUAUGAUGCGCCUAGACGAUUGGCUCCUUCUCCACCUAGAUCUCCGACAACGACUGAUGCGGAAAGUGUUUUUACAGAUGAUGAGUGGGCUGCUCCUGUACCUAGCGUUAAUUGGGAAACGUUUCCUUGUUCUGGUGAGUCUAAACCAUCCCAUAGCUUAAGUGAUGCUGAAAUUGGUUCUUGGAGCGUGAGGAAAAGAUUUGGGAAACUUCGUAUUGUGGAUUCUGCUACACCUCCUGUUGUGGAAAAAAUACCAGCACCUCCAAGACCUCCAAAACCACCUCACAUGUUACCAGAAAAUCCUGGUCAUAAUUAUUUGAAUCUAGACGGUGCUACAGAGAGUUCUAAACCGACAACUCCUGCUACUCCAGCGUCUACGACUCCUGCAAGUGCUGUAUUAACGGAUGAAACAUACGACUUUCCGAGAUCUCAUCAACCUGGAACAAUUUCAGACACUAAUACAAUAGGACGACCGGGCAAGCAUUGUUAUACUAAUGCUGCUCCAUCCACUGUAGAUGAUCGUGUAUUUCGGUAUGAUUUUCAUGAAGAUGAACCAUCCAGUCCUUACUCGGAAAGCUCAACAACAGCUACAUAUUUAAACUUGCCAAGUCCACUUAUUAAAGAUGCUUCUGGGUCUGUACCAACAAUAGUGGCUCCACCUCCUCCCAUAGUCUAUAGAGAAUUGAAACCAGGAAGAAAAACUAGUGAUUCUACGUCUAUUAUAAGUAACGAACCAUCACCAGGCCCUGUUUUGCCUGUGCCAGAUCCGAGUUCUACUGAACAUUCUCCUGCUGAACCACCUAGUAUUAAUCGAAAGCUGAAACCUCCUUUAAAUAAAUCCCCAUUAGAAGGACCACUACAACUCGCUUCUCCACCUGGGAGGGGUAGAAUGCGAGCAGCUCCCAGUCCUACACCUCCAUCACAUUCCUUAUCGACUCGUCAUCAAUCCACAUCCGAUGAGGAUACAAAUACCUUCGAGGAUAAGGAGGAGAUAUAUUAUUACCAGGAUAAUAACACGUUUAUUCCCGCCUCCAAUCGUCGCUUGGUAGUUCUGCAGUACUUAGAUCUCGAUCUGGAAUCAAGAGAGAGUUUUUCUUCCUCAACCUUGUCACCAGCUCAGUCACCUCCGAAUACCACGGUUUACAAGACUGUGGAUUUUUUGAAAACUGAAGCCUUUAAUCGAACUAGACAACGUGUCGAAGAGGAGCGGAAACAAUGUUCCGACGAGCGGACGUAGCGUGAGAUUUCUUAUGUAGAGCUAUUCCCUUUGCUCUUUGGAAUUAGAAAGCAGGCAUCCUAGGUAAUCAUUGAAGCAGGGCAUCGACACUGAUAGAUGUAACGCUGGUAAUGAUUUUUUAUUAUCUGGGAAAUAUUUUAUUUAAAUAUUUAUGUGAUUUGUGAAUUGAAUGCUGUUUUUAUCCAUAAUUAAUCGGCAAUAUCACGAUUUAUUUCUGAGAGAAAUAGACUAUCUAUGAUGAUUGUCCAAGAUGCUAUGGGUUAUAAAUUUAGGCCUGCUUAGUGAACUUCGCUCGUAACACUUAGCUUGCUGUGUCGGGUUACGAAUUACGUUUAUUACGUAUAUUCAUAAAUAUUUGAAGUUAAUAAACUGCCAAUUUUAGGAGGUUUUGCAAAGUAACAUUAGAAGAAAUUUAAUGAUGUUCAAUGAAAACUCAAUUUUACCAUGUUGUUGGGAUUUACUCAAGAUUUUUUAGAAAUAUCAGAGUCUAAGGGAAGAAUAUAGGUUAUGUAGCGAUGAAUAGCAAUACUUUAAAGGACCAAAAAUUUAAUGUUAGGCUUAAGUGUAAAACUAGGCACAAUACGGAAGUGCCCACGAUGAGAUUCUUAAAACAUUUCGUAUGGAAAAUAAUUUAAGAAGACAUUACAGAAUCAUAAGUAAGAUUAGUGGCGGGAAGUUACGCAUUUUUAUACACCGAAUUUUUAUACAAUAUAAUAUAACGGCAUUUUAUUAUCAUUGAAUGUGCAACGAAUUAAAAAGUCUAUUUAUAUGUCGUUACUCGAAUCUUUGAUCGAAAAUAUAGACUUUCACGGUUAGAUAAAUUGUACACAUGAUAUAUUGUACACGAGCUUAAGUGGAUUUUUACCUAUAUUUAGGAUCUAUAUACUCCAGUCAAUACAUACUCUAAUUUCUUUAAAUCGUGGGAUUUUUAAUCUCAAUUAUAUCAUUGUAAAAACGUUUGCGACUUAGUAUUUAUAUUAAUGAGAUUUAUUUACGUCACCUACUUGCGCAUGUUUAAAAUUGAUAUUUUGCCGAGUAUUUCUAUUCCCAGUAUUUUUAUAUUUUUAGUGGUUAUUUCAUCUGACGAAUCAUACGACAUUGUAUUUUACAGGAUGAAAUACGUUUAUAGGAGUAAUUAAAACGCAGUUAUGUGCUGUAAAAUUAUAUGCAGAAUGAAACUUGUAAUUUUAGAUGAUUUUAUUUUUUGACAGAUAUUUUAUGCACAAUUUACAAUGCACGAACAUGUGAAGUAGUAUUACGGAGUAGCCAAAUUCCAGUCCACGCCUGAAAUUGUAUGUAAUAUAUUUUAAUGCUCGUUUUGAAAAUUAUGAUAGGCGCAAGCACAACGAUCUCGCUGUGUUCAGCAGUUACCGACAAUUAUAUUUAGGAAUUAACAAUUUACAAGAUAAUACGAGUUCGUAUUAAAUGUGCGAAGGAGAAUAACAUUUAUUAACUUAGUAAUAUUAUCGGUAAAAUAUAUCCGCUCGUGUCAUACGCAUAUGAACGAAUAUAUAUGUAUAUACACACAUAUAUAUGUAUAUAUUCAUUUUUUAUUUUUAUAGCGGCAAUAUUGCGAACUUUUUAUGAUUCUAACACAUAGGGUUUUCGAUUUAGAGGUAUUCAGUCAAAAUAUCAACAAUCUGAUAUUAUUAAAAGUAUUCUUUUAAUGAAUAUGAGUAUAAUAGGUUUCAUUUACUUUUUGGCUUGAAGAACGAUUUCAUAUUCAUGUAUAUUUUAUUUCUUUACUAUUUGCAUGGUUGAUAGAACAUUAUUUGUGAAGUAUUAAUGAACUACUUGAUUAGUAAUGACUGAGAAAAGGAGAUUGCAUGGUUACGCAGUUCAUGUCUUAAUCUAAUUAAUUGUUGAAAAUCAUAUUUCUGUAUGUUUGAUCAUACUAUACAAAUAAUCUAAGAUCGUAAAAAAAGAAGAAUACUUUAAAGACAUUUUGAGAUAUACUUCUAUUUCCUUUCAUAGGAAACUUGUUUGCACUAUUGCAGUACAAAUGUUAUUACAUCUAUGAUAAUUUAUUGGAUGACAUGUAGAACAUUCAGGAUUGUAUGAGCAACCUGAGUAUUUCAUAAAUUAAAAUAAAAAGGUAAAAAUUGAGCUGUCUCCAAGGUGACACUUCAUUCAUUUUCUUGUUUCUCUAUUUCGUUAUUGAAUGUUACGUCGACAUUUUUUAAAACAUUGAUUCUACUUUAUUAAACCUUUAAAAUCGAAAGAAAUAUAUUGUAACCGUGUACAAUACUAGGGGUUGCUCUCAUUAUUAUUAAUAUUUCUUAUGUAUUAGGGUACCGUUUAAAUAAGUAAUCUAUAAUUUGUGACAUCGAUAUUGUUGGAAUUAUUGAACGCGUCUUAAAUAUUAGCUAUAAAGUUGUUGCAAUAAAAAUAUAUAGCACUUUUUACGAAAAA